AAGGGGGGAAAAAAAAGGACUAAUAAUUGCAAUUAGGGUACAAAGGCGCCCACUCACAUCAUUUCUACACUCAAUUUAAAUUUUUUUCGCCCUCUCUUUGGCUCUUUUCUCCUUUCCCGUAGGGUUUACUCACACUCCUCUAACCACCAAAUUUCAAUUAAAAUCAAGAAAUUUCCAAAUUAAUUUUUAUUUUUGUACUCAUUUCUCAUUUCCCUUUAGAUUUUAACUCUACGCUAAGUUUUCCUGAAAAAAACUUCUCUUUUGUAAGGAUUUUGUUUCAAAAAAAAAAAAGAUUAUAAUGAAUCUACCGGAUCCGUCGCUGGAGUUAUUAGCGGCGAGCGGCGGCGACACCGUGAAGAUCUUCGACAUUAAGCUCGAACCGAACGAUCCUUGCAUUUUAAGUUACUCGCCUUCUCCGAGUUGCCUUGUCAACUCGGUUAAGUGGAACCACACUAAUUUAGUGGUGGCGAGUGCCGGCGAAGAUAAGAAGAUAUCAUUAUGGCGAAAAAAUGGGCAGAGUAUGGGGACAGUUCCAGUUGCGGGGACUGAUAGUGGAGAUAACAUCGAGGAGUCUAUUUUAGCUAUUAGCUUUAGCAACAAGGGAUCCAGAUACAUAUGUUCAGGGGGAAGUGGUCAAGUUGUAAGAAUAUGGGAUUUGCAGAGGAAGCGUUGCAUCAAAUGGUUAAGGGGUCAUACCAGCACAAUAACAGGUGUUAUGUACAACUGUAAAGAUGAACACUUGGCCUCCAUCAGCCUAAGUGGGGAUCUCAUUCUUCACAACCUUGCAUCUGGAGCAAGGGCUGCUGAACUAAAUGAUCCUAAUGAACAGGUACUAAGGGUACUUGAUUAUUCGCGGAUUAGUCGACACGUCUUGGUGACUGCAGGUGAUGAUGGAUCUAUCCAUUUGUGGGAUACCACUGGUCGUAGCCCAAAGGUUUCCUGGUUGAAACAGCACUCUGCUCCCACAGCUGGCAUUAGCUUCUCACCAUCCAAUGAUAAGAUAAUUGCUAGUGUUGGGUUGGAUAAGAAGCUAUACACUUAUGACUCAGGGUCUAGAAGACCCUCAGCUUUCAUUUCUCAUGAGGCACCUUUCUCUUCAUUGGCAUUUAGAGAUGAUGGUUGGACACUGGCUGCUGGCACCAGUAAUGGUAGAGUGGUAUUCUACGAUAUUCGUGGAAAACUACAGCCUUUUACUGUUCUACGUGCUUAUAAUAGUUCGGAGCAUCAUCAGGCUGUUUCAAGUUUAUGCUGGCAAAGAUCAAAACCAGCCAUUGUUAAUGAGAGUACUUGCACUGCUGAGACUGCUCUUUUGGGAGGUGCAGUGGAGGAUUCAGUUCUUAUGCCUGACCCACUUCCAUCUGUGACAUCGUCAAGCCUUUCACUAUCCACAGCAAUUUCUGGUUCUCGUAUCCUUGGCCGUUCAGGUUCUGCAGAAGUAUCUUCUCUGACAAGUAGUAGUGGAUCAGUGUCAAGCACACUCAAUCUGUCUUCUUCUGAGGAAACACCACAUAGAAGCCAUCUGUGGCCAGGUGGAACACUGACGAGAUUACAUGCUCCUCGCUCUACGUACAAUUUCAAGGACGAUAUGGAGGUGUUUUCCCCUCUUGUGGAUGUUCAACCGAUUACACCCUCGCUGGAUAAGCUGUGGGAUGAUCAUGAGGGUGCAAAGAAAGAGCAUAUACUCGGUGAUAAGAAGCCUUCGUCUCUGCUGUUUCCUUCUAGCAGGAGGUUUGCAUUUGCAGAUGAUAGAGCCAGUGAUCACCCAAUAUUUGAUUGGAAAUCCAGUUCAAUGUCUCGACAGAUAAAGAUGUUUGUAUACCACUUAUUUUUACAGGAUGAGACAAGAUCUUUUACAGCAUUGGGAUCUACUCCUACACCAUCUUCCAAGAGUGAAGAGGCCUCCAUAACUCCUCCAGAAGCUUGGGGUGGUGAGAAGAUAUCUGAUAAAUUUACCCACCUUCGUCAGCUGCCAUCUCGUUUUGGGAUGCAGGCUUCUGGUGGUCUGACAACAGGCUCUAUUUAUUCUGGACAAGAGCAGUCUUCAACACUGAGUCAGACAAGUAUUACCUCGUUAACAAGUUCUAACUUGAGCUAUGAAAACUUGCGCACAAAAGAUGUCUCUUCAAAUCAGGAGACUUCAUUAGGAUUUCCAGAACAAUUCUCCUCCAGCUCCAUGUCUUCUUUGUCUCUUGGUUCAAAAGGCAUUACUGGAGCAGGCAGCCUUGACUCACCAAAACUAGCAUCUUUAGCACUUCCUCGAAGGUUUUCAACAUAUGCUGAGAGAAUUAGUACUACAUCUGCCUUCAGUGAUGGAACAUCCCAAUUGGUGGCCUCUCCGAAAACAAAGAAAACAGGAGCUGAAACCAGAGAAGAGCUGUUGAAUAGCUUGUUGUCAAGGUCUGAUUCAUUGGCUGCAGUGGAAUCAGGAAUUCUGCCGGCUAUGAAUGGAGGAACAUCACAACCCCACAAGGCUCCUCAACAGGAUCCCCAGCAAGGAAGUAACUUCACUCUUCAGCUAUUUCAACGCACUCUGGAAGAAACCCUUGAUUCAUUUCAGAAAUCCAUUCAUGGAGAUAUGAGGAACCUUCAUAUUGAAAUUUUAAGACAAUUCCACAUGCAGGAGAUGGAAAUGUCUCGUGUGAUGAGCUCCAUUCUAGAGAACCAAGCUGAACUGAUGGAAGAAGUCAAGUCUCUCCGGAAAGAAAAUCAGCAGCUUCGUCAAUUGCUUUGAGUGCCUGAUUAGAUUGCAUUACUGCCUUAGGUUAGCAGAUUUCUCUUCUGAUCACCUCGCUGUUUCAUUUUUAUGAUUUCUGGCUCUGCUUCUUCAGUAGGCUUGUCUCGGCAAUUGUUUGUGCAGAAAUGGGUAAAAUAUCGGAAAAGAAUGUAUUUAAUUGAGAAAGAGUACAAAUUUGGGGCUAAGAGAUUGGUCUUUUGAAAUAUGUAUAGAAAUGCUUCUCAGUUGAUUGACAAAGCAAGCUGCUAAUUUCUGACAGUUAUCUUGAACAUAGAGUUCCCUCUUUUAACUUCCAUGACAAAACCAUUAUUUGAAAGAAAAGCAGGAGAAAUGAAGAAAAUUGUGAUCAGCAUAAACAUUAUUUGAAAGAGGCAAAACCUUGAUAAAUUUGAAAAGAUUACAGCACAAGUUGAUAAUAGAGAACAAAUGAAAGACGAUAUAUGAAUGUAUAUACUCGUAGAACAGAGAACAAAAUGGCCAGAAAUGAAUAUUUUACCUGAAACCCAUUUUGGCAGAGUCGAGGCUAGGAAUGAUUAUGGCAUUGAGGAAAUCCAUUGGCAGAUAUGAGAAUCCUAAAGCAGAGGCUCCUCAAAUAAAGUAGGUUUUUUCUAGUACAGCUAUGGGAUCCUGGUUAAUCCCAAAUGAGCUUAAACUUAACUUGGCAAUGUUUUCGGAAGAAAUUCCAAAACAAUGGAUCCUGGUUAAGUAACUAUUUGACACCAUUUACUGAAAAUGUACUUAAUCCCACAGUUCUGGAAACUAAAAUAGUUUCAGCAAAGACUGCCUGUUUUUAAAUCACAUUAACAUUUAACAGGCACUUGAAUGCUGAGGAGAAGAUGAUCUGUUGAUAAAGUAUUUUGAGUUUCAGUUUCAGUGAUUAUGAUUCAAAUCUACAAUUCUAUCAAUGG